AGAAGCCAGAAUAUUUGCUUAGAAGGUUCUGAGAGAAUAUCCGAAUAAAAGGCAAUCUGAAAUUUCCAUCUCAAACAUCCACAGGGUUUAGUAAGCAAAAACAUACAAUCGCAGAUUUGGAUUAUACAUUUAGUAACAUGACUGAAUGGGAAAUGUCAGCACAAACACCAGGAGAGGCUCUCAAAGAGGAGUGCCAGCAGUAUGUUGAGACCAUGGGGAGUCUUAAGAAGAGUGUAGAAGAACUUCAAGAGAAAUUUCAGGCUAUAAUGGAGGAGAAUGAGAAGCUGCCAGAAAUGGAGAAGCUGGAGCAGCUGGAGUUUAACCUGGAUGUGGAUGAGCAACAGAGACUCCAAGUGGUAGGAGAGCAGGAGGCCGCCAAGGUGAGAAAGGAGAUUGAGCUGAAGAACCUGGAAAAAAGUUAUGUGCAGGAUGUUCUGAAGAAAAAGUACUGGGACUCCAUGAGUGUGAAAAGGAAGUCUAUUAAGGCCUUCCACUCAAGCUGUGAAGUGAAUAACUUUCCCAUGAAGGACCACACUGCAAUGGAGCUAGAAGAGCUUAACAGGGUAGAGGCCAUUCGUAAGAUGGAAAAGGCUGACACUGUUCAAGAGACUUUAGAGAACAGUACAGCACCAUUGGAGAAAGAGGAAGUCAAUGAGGAAAAAGGGUAUGAGGUAGCGAUGUCAGCUUUAAUGGGUAGUUUGAGCACUCAGUAUGGAGGUUCUAACCCUUACUUAUACAACCAAUUCAGUCUGUGUACAAAAGACCAAAAGAUCAACCAGAUCAUCCUGAUACAGGAUGUUAUUUACAAAGUGAAAACAGCUUUUAACACAGAGUUUGAGGCUGUUUACAAGCAGAAGGAGCAAGAGAUCCGCCGCAUAAAAGACAAAAACAAGCACAUUGCAGAGAUUGUAAGUAAGCUGGACCUGCAGAAGACCCUCUGGGAGCCCAUACUGUCCGACAAUGAGAGAGCAGAGAGUGUUCUUACUGUCUCUGACUCUGAGAUCAAGGUUGAGAAGUACCUGGCACCUGAGCAGAGGCAGAGAGAGGUGGAGCAGAGAAAGGAAGAGAAGCAGAGGCGGCUUCAAGAAAAGGAGGGCGAUAGCAGAGAACGAGCUUUGGAUGAUAUGAUGAGUGGAAUUCUUGAGGUCAAAAAAGAACACAUUCUGAGAAUGGAAGUUCCACCAGCACCAGAGUUUACAGUUAAGCCUGAGGACCAGUGGACAAAAGAGGAAAAAAUAGCCUACAAAGAGCAUGAAAGAAAAGUACAGAAGCUCAGGGAAGAACAGAAUGCAUAUAAAGAGACCUUGGAGGCAGAAAUGAAGGAACUGCAGACAUCCAUUAAUCGUGCCACCCAGGCCUUUGAUGAUAUCCUGUACAAGCUUUAUGAAAGAAAAUUUAACAUAGAAAUAGCUGUAUACGAGGAAGAACAAAGGAUCACCAGUCUGUUCCAUUCCAUAAUAAUUGAGGAAAAGAUGCUGAACAGAGAGGAAGAGCUGAUCUACAGACUGAAGGAGGCACGAAUUGUCAAGAAUCAAAUUGGGAAAACUUUGAAUGAUCUCAGAGAGGAUGUAGAGGCCUUUCGGGAGACAUAUGAGGUUGCAGUAGCAGAAGAUAAAGUUCUUGACAGUGGAUUUCACAAAGUCUUUUGUGAUGUCCCAGGACACAUUGUUGACCAGCUGUACAAGCUUUACAAGAAAAGACCGAGAACUCAAAUUAGGAGGACAAAGACAACCAAGAAAGGUUUGUUAAAGGACUCUCCUGUGUUGAGUCAAGCAGCAGCUGAAGGACCCUCUCAGAGGGUGAAGACCUUGGAGGAUUUAGAUUUACCAGAGAACAUGCCAGAGGGUCUUGACCCAGUCAUGUGGGAGAGAUUCUGCCUGGCCAGAAGAACCAAAGUGGAGAGUGAGCAGAAGGUGAAAAAGAAGGCACAGAUUUUAGCAGAGAAGCAGACUUUUGUGCAGAAGACAAUAGACAAGGAGGAGAAAGCACAAAUGGAAUUCAAGAACCUUGUUGAUUAUCUUAAUUGCCUACAAGAAGAGAGGUUGAGGUUCAGCAGCAACGUUAUUACGCAGCUCCUGUUAAAACAGGGACAUGUUGAGGUGGAGACUGGAGACUUUACUGCAGAAUACUCAGACUCCUGGUUGCUUCACCGCAGUGUUGUGGAGGACUUGAACAACUCCAUCAGGGCUUUAGGAAAACAGAUGAUUGCUAGCAUGGUAGAGUUCAAAGACCUUCAUAAAGGAAUUAUUCAGCAGGAAUGGAACCAUAAGAGGAUGAGUAUGCAGACUGAAGAUCACAAAAACAAUGCCAGUGAUAUUCAGAUGCUGCAUCUGUCUAAGGAAGUCCAAGAGUACCUAACAGAAACCGACUAUGACAAGAAAUUGUCCAGGAAUACAUUUGCUUUGAGGAAUACAAGAGCAUUACAAGAGGAGAUUCAUACAAAGAAUAUGAAGAGCGAUAAGAAGGUAUUAGAAGAGCUGAACAGAAAGGUCAACAUGCAGAAAGAGAUUAAUGCAUCUUGGGAUCUACAGUCCACAAACAUUAAAGUGGUUGUUGCAGAAAGAGAAAACAUCUAUCUAAAUGUCUCUGCAAUGAAUAUGAAUCCAGAGCAUGGAGCUAUGCAACACUAUCAAAACAUCCUGCAAAGAAAGAACCUUGUGGACUUGGACAAAGCACAGGAUACAGACAUAGGCAUACUGAGCGCUGAGAUGGAAUACAUGCGCAUGAAGACAUUUCCUUCUUCUCAAAAAAAUCCAUAAAUAAUAAAGAACAAAUGAUAAAGAACAUUGAAUACCAAAUCCUGUUAGACACUAUUAACAAUCACAUUUAAAUCUAUGUGAGGAAAGACAUUUAAAAAUUCAAACAAGAAAUGAGCAAAAUGUGUUACGAUGUGAAAAAAAAGUAUAAAUAUGAAUUUAAAAAAAUCUGUCAGUUUUCCCUG